AUGAAUGCUCAGAAAGUGAGAAACACGAGAUUCUCCCUGAAAAAUCCUCCCAGGAAUUUACUAUUCCAUAAGAUUAAGCCAACAUUGGCUAUAAGAAGAGAUAGAGUUAUCCCAGCUCAACAGAAAGGGUCUCAAAAGGUAGUCCCUUUGGUAGCAGGUGAAACACGCAGAAUAUCGUUGAAGCAAGGACAUGAGAAGAAUAUUAAUAUUAAAAUUGCACAAAAGGUAGCCAAAAGUAUUGGUGAAUCCAAAGAAUUUGAUAGGUUCAGCCAAUUCCAACGACAUAAGAAGAGACUCUCUCAACGCCCAAGAUCUAAUGACUGAUCAGAUGACUCCUAUCUCCUCAGCGACCCCGAAGUAACAGACCUAUUUAUAAAAAUGAGGGAGAAAUUGAGGUUUAGCAGGUACAAAAACGGUCGUUUUUUCUCUCCUCAAAAGCUGCUCCAAAAAUGCCUUGAAAUAGACGUCACCAGACCCAAAUACUGAACUAGGCUGCAAUUCUCUGACCAAAGGAAGGCACUAAACUUACCAAAUAUUAUCCAAUAA